AUGACACUCUUUACGAGUUCAAAUGGUGUUGUUUUAAUUGAGUUGAACUGCAAGCAUGAUGAUGAUGAUUUAGACUUGUUUUUGAGUACUUCCAUUACUGCAAAUGAGGGCUACUUAUUUCCAAUUGAUCCUGGGGGAUUAGUACAUCUUUCCAAUUCUGAAAUGAUACGUUUAGAUAGAUCAUGGGAUAAAGUGAUCACAUGUUUCAGUGGAGGCACAUUAUUUCUGAUUGAGGCUGAUAAACCUAAGCUGGCCAUUAGAGUGGAACAUGGUGACAGCCAAGACUUUAUUUGUACAAACUCUUCUAAUUCUGUGUUCUUGAAGGUAACUAAGAGAGAUACUGUUAAGCUGGAAUUUAUUGUUGAAAUGAGAAGUGUAGACAGAUUAUGGCUUGGUAGGGCAACUGCUUUCAAAGUUGGAACCUUACUUUUGGAAAUGCAAAGUUGGGAUAAAAAGGCUACUCGUUUUAGAGGAAACACAUCCAUUUUUGAAGGAAGCCUAAACCUUGUGAUUACAGUUGAAGAGGAGAACUUUGUAUGGAGGAUUGCUUGGAAUAUGUAA